UGGGAGCACAUGAGUCCACAUUGGAGCAGCCCACAGUGAGCACGCAGACAGGCAGCAGCUCUGCGGCUCAUUCCUGCUUCAGCACACCGCGGAUUGGGCGGAGGGAGUCACGUUGUGCGUGAAGCUGUCAGUCAGAUGCUGCACCAUUGUUCCCCGAGCAGCCGGAAGGAGAGCAUGUUAAAGCUCUGUUGAGGUGACAAUAGUGCCGGUUGGUGUUACACCAUUCAGAAAUCUGUUUAAUUUUUACUGACCUGAGGAGGGAGGAUUUCCGCAGUAGGAACCCGUGACAUGCUUUAGGGAGGAAACUGUGAAGUCCAUUCAAAGAGGGGCGUCAUUGACUGACUGGAUGAUAGUAACGAAAUGAAUGAACCAAGAAGUGUUCCUGCAGUGUAACAAAUUUCUCACGAAAGGUGCAGAUGCAGCGGACCAUGAGCGGAAUACUGAAGAGGAAAUUUGAGGAGGUGGAAGCCUCCUCCUCCCCGUGCUCUUCCUUGCGGGAGUCUGAUGAUGAGGCCUCCUGCAGCGAGAGCGGGGAUAGCAGUGACAGUGUCAACCCCUCUGCCUCGGGCCCCUUCACCCCCAACUCAAUACUGAAGAGAGAGAAACGCCUCCGGACAAGGAGGGUGCAUUUCGAGAAUGUGACGGUGUACUACUUCAGCCGGCGGCAGGGCUUCACCAGCGUGCCCAGCCAGGGAGGCAGCACACUGGGCAUGUCCAACAGGCACAGCUGGAUCCGGCAGUACUCCCUGGGUGAGUUUGCCCUGGAGCAGGAGAGGAUCCACAGAGAUAUGCUCAGAGAUCACCUGAAGGAGGAGAAACUCAACUCAAUCAAACUCAAGCUGACUAAGAACGGCACUGUGGAGUCUGAAGAGGCCAACACGCUCACAGCGGAAGACAUCUCUGACGAUGACAUCGAUCUGGACAACACAGAGGUAGACGAGUACUUCUUCCUGCAGCCGCUUACCACUAAAAAGCGACGGGCACUGCUGCGCUCCUCCGGGGUAAAGAAGAUUGACGUGGAAGAGAAACAUGAACUGCGGGCUAUCAGGAUGUCCAGAGAGGACUGUGGUUGUGAUUGUAGAGUCUUCUGUGACCCAGAGACCUGUGCCUGCAGCAUCGCAGAGAUCAAAUGCCAGGUGGACCGUAUGUCGUUUCCGUGUGGCUGCAGCAAAGAAGGAUGCAGCAAUUCAACAGGGAGAGUGGAGUUUAACCCUAUCCGUGUUCGAACCCAUUUCUUGCACACCAUUAUGAAGCUGGAACUUGAAAAGAGUCGUGAGCAGCAGCAGGUUCCUCCCACCAACUGUUAUCACGGUGAAAACAACGACCUGGGAAGCGGAAACUCUUUGGUCCAGUCCCAGCAAAGGUUGGAGUACUCUCUGUCGGACGCUGUUCCACAAUCGGCUGCAAUGCACCUGCAAGCCCCAGACAAUAUGGAGGAGACGCUAGAUGAAGAGGAAGAUGAGGAAGAAGAUGAAGAUGAUGAUGAAGAGGAGGAAGAGGAAGAGGAGAAUGAAGAUGACGAGGAGGAUGAAGAGGAUAGCAGUAGUGUUUGUAGCGCUCUAUCCGACUCCAGCACGCAGAGCCUAGCAAACAGCGACUCUGAGGAUGAGGAGGAGGAGGAUGAGGAUGAAGAGAAGUCUGAGAACUUGGCAAACCAAUCAGUGACUCAUUCAGAGGUGGUCCCGUUGUCUUCGGCAUUGUGUUACAGUGAAGUGACGCAUGAGAACCAUAUUAAUGGAAACAGUUAUUUAAUUAACUCUUCCUCAGCUGAGUACUACCAGCUUGGGAGCUCCAAUGUCAUCGCUAACGGUCAAACCAGUCAAUCCAGUGAACCCUACGGGGAAGCCUUAGCAUUCCAAGAUUCCAACAGCACGACCGACGGUGGCAUGCCACAAGGACCAUUCAACAUGUCUACCAAGCAGUACACAGACUACCCUAAUCAGGCUGAGCAACAAUACACCAAUGCUAAUGCUAAUCACCAUUUCACUCUGACCAACGGUUCUCCCACUACGCCAUUGACCAGCUACACAACCGAUACGGAGAAGAAGGUGUCCAAGGUGGCAUUCGUGGAGCAGCCUGAAAACCAGAACCAGACCCAGUUUCAGAACUACCUGAACAAUAACACGCAGGGUUCAUACAGCAGCUUGUGUUCAACAGCCGAACAGCAACAGCAGGAGUCCAGUAUUAAUAAUGGCCAUUCUGACCUGACCUUACUAGCAAACAACGCUAAGAACCUUCCUUUACCAGACCAUUGCCCUGAGGUCACAGCAAUUUAGUGGGUCUCCCCUUUCAAAGUGUUCUUGCAUUAUUAUGUCUUAACUUGAGCCUGACCAUGUGGCAUUUCAAGGGAGCAUAAUCAUGGCCUUUUUGCAUUAUUUGACCUUCAAUUUCGAAGCAGUUGACACCCCUGUAGUACAUUUACAUCUGUUACUAAAAAGCCACUGACCAUAUUCAAACAGCGGUCAUUUUCCUCUGACAUUGUACGAGGGAUGAGAAGCUCAAAUGCUGCUAUAAUAUUGUACAGCUGUGUCCUAGGAUGUAUAUUGAAUAAAUACUGUUAAAGUGA